AUGGACGGGGCCCCCGCCUCCUUACCCGCGGCCGCUCAGGCCGACGCGGCACCAGCAAAGUACAUCCCUCCUCAUCUUCGCAGGCAGCAGCAGCAGCAGCAGCCCAGGGGCCCUGCAGCGGCAUCAGCUGUCUCUCCUUCCGGCCCCACAGUUGGUGCAUACCCUUCGUACCCCUCGGGUUGCAGUGGGGGAACCCCCAUUGGCGGGGGGUUAAGGACUCUUGGCUCGGGAGGCACGCUUAACGGCCGCAGGAAUCAGCAGCCAGCUUCCCCUGAGCCAGGGAGCCGCUUCAGUUGCCUGGCAGAGCGCCCUUCUCCAUCCAACGAUUACAGGGGGCCCCACGGCGACUCGAGGGGGCCCCCAGAGGGCCCCAACACGCGUGGGGGUGCCUCAGCAGGCUGGGGCGGCGGAAGUGGAGGGAGGCCCUUAAGGCCCAGCCAGACGGGUACAGGAUGGGAUGUCAGAGAUGGCAGAAUGUACAGGCCGGAGAGGGAGGAUGACGUAUUCAGCCCUGAGAAGCAGCAGAGCACCGGCAUCAAGUUUGAUUGCUACGACAAGGUCCCUGUUGAACUGAAGGGGAGAGGGGCGGAACGAAUCAUUCCCGUCGAGUCCUUUCAGGAAGUCGGAUGCAAGUUCUCCCCUCUGCUGAUGGAGAACGUUUCGAGGGUGAAUUACAACCGGCCAACUCCGAUUCAAAAGAACUCCAUCCCCACCAUCCUUGCGGGCAGGGAUCUCAUGGCUUGCGCGCAGACGGGGUCGGGAAAGACUGCGGCAUUCUUGUAUCCCAUCAUCGCACAGAUGCUGCAAAUGGGGCCUCCCUCUCUCCCUGCAAGCGAGAGGGGGGGCACCAGCAGCUACAGGCGGAGCGUUUAUCCGGUGUGUCUAGUCCUCUCGCCUACUAGAGAGCUCGCCAUGCAGAUCUACCAAGAAGCGAGGAAGUUUCAGUUCGGCACGGGGAUUAGAACCGUUCCCGUUUACGGGGGUUCACAAAUCAAGAGACAGCUCAUGGACCUUGACGCGGGGUGCGACAUCUGCGUAGCUACACCGGGGAGGCUUGCAGAUGUGCUUGAAAGACGAAAGAUCCGUUUGGCAUUGGUUCGCUACUUGGUGUUAGAUGAGGCGGACAGAAUGCUGGAUAUGGGGUUCCUCCCGCAAAUCAAUUCGAUCGUUGAUGACUUCGACUUACCUCCCUGUCCCUCUGGUGUCUCUGCUGUCGCGGGAGAGGGGCCAGUACAGGGCAGACAGACCAUCAUGUUUUCAGCAACCUUCCCAAGAGAAAUUCAGAUGCUUGCAAAGGACUUCAUGAACGAUUAUAUCUACCUGGCUGUGGGGCGGGUUGGCAGCACAAAUGAAUUCAUACGGCAACGUCUUCUGUACGCCGACGAAGAUCAGAAGAUCAAGUUGCUGGUGAAUCUUCUGAGGGAGUCGGAGAAGGGCUUGGUGAUCGUCUUCGUCGAGACGAAGAAAAAAGCAGACAUGAUCGAGGACUACCUCCUAAACGAAACUUUUCCCGCUAUUUCCAUCCACGGAGACAGAACACAGGAAGAGAGGGAGGACGCCUUGAGGCACUUCAAGUCAGGGCACCGCCCCAUUCUCGUUGCGACAGAUGUAGCGGCAAGGGGUUUAGAUAUCUCUAAUGUUAAGCAUGUUAUCAACUACGAUCUCCCCUCUAACAUAGACGACUACGUGCACCGCAUUGGCCGUACUGGCAGGGCGGGGAAUCUGGGGUUAGCCACGUCGUUUGUGAACGAACAAAACAGGCCCAUCCUCCGCGAUCUCCUGCACCUGUUAGAAGAAGCCAAUCAAGAGAUUCCCAGCUUCUUGCAUCCCCUGGUGGUCUCCUGCACCUCCUCAUCCAUGAGGCUGGGGGGCAGAGGAGGAUUCGGCAGAAUGGGAGGGGGUAGCAGCCGCAUGGGGGGCUCUAGUGGCACUUUCGGGAACAGAGCAGCAGGCUCUUACUCCAUUGGGGGGGGGGGGAGGAUGACAGGCCCUUCAGAUUGGAGAUCUGACGGGGGACCAGGGAGGCCUACUGGGUUUUCCGCAGGCAUUGGUUUUGCUGCAGAGCGCAGCUCAGGGCCGGCUAGGGACGCUUGGUGA